AUGUCGUGCACAGCUAUCAGACGUCAAUUUAUAGAUCCUACACCCUACCUCCCUCCAGGCACUGUUGUUCGUCAAGGAAAGGACAUUCAAGGGUUCUAUCCUGGGCAACUAGGACGGGUACAUAAGGCAUGCAUGCCUGAAACAACUCCAGGACCUUUCAUAAAACUGCACCCAGCUCCAGUGCAGCAUGAAGUUGAAACUCAGUACCCACAUGACUUUGAUAAUUUAACUCUUCAGAGCUAUGUCCCUUUUCAAAGGACAGUGAAGAAGGCAAUGAAUGACUGGUACAAGCAAACCACGUACAAAGAGGAAUUUGCACUGCCAUUUUACAAUAUGGAACAUGAUGAGGAUAAAUACACACCGAGAACUGAUCCUGGACCACUGACAAUCUGGAGAAGCAUUGCUGAUCCAAAAAAUAUAACUUGCCCUUGCUUGUGAGAGACAAGUAUUUCAGCUGAGCUUUAAGAAAAUAAAAGCAACCCAUUGAAGUUAAUCCCAUUUAUGAGACUUUCAGAAGUCUGCUUCUGUUAAGCUAUACUGUAUCAUUUUACAGUGUAGUUUGUGUUGGUGAUGCUACUUGAAAACUUUAAUCAAGUUUUAUCUGGGAAUAUGAAUAUAUGGAUUACUUCACACAAUGGAGUCAACAGUUGGGAAUGGAGAUAAUUCCCAGCACAUGUUGCUCUUAGCUGUGCAUUUUGGGAAUAUAGUAAUCUUAUUUAGUUUAUCCUUGGGGAGGACAAUUGCAGAGACCACUCCUCAGCAACCACCCUGGUAUCAGUGGGGAGCAUCCCCAGCAUCCAUGGCCUCUAACAGUCCUUUUCUAUCCCACAUGGCUGAGAAAAGCAACAGCACUGGCUAUGGGCUGGCAGUUGAAGAAACCUCAAAGGUUGUAAAACAAAAAUAAUCAGCCAUUUUAUUAAAAAGAUUGUUCUUCCACCAAAGAGGAAGCAGGGAGCUUUGUUGCAAUACAUGAUACUCUUGAAAUCUAACAUUACCCACCUACAAAAUCAGCUGUCAUAAGAAGCAAUGGAAAACUUAAUAUAGGGCACACUUACCCCAUUUUCCUAUGAAGCAGCUAAGGAGGGGGGCCAAAACUGCAGGAAAAUAGAAGUGAACAUGGCAGAUCUUUCUCUAAAACAUCCCCACAAUAGGGGCUUUAGCAGCUGAGUUUGCUGGAGAGAAGGCCUUCAAAUCCCACAAAACCCCCACGUUGCUUAGUCCAGCAGCAAUCAGGGCUUUCUAGAUGGAUGGCUGCUCAAUACAGCUCCACUGCAACCUUCUCUCUGGCAGCACUGAUCUGAAUGCAUGAAAGGAGCUAGGCACUUAAGUGUCAAUUUUGGGAAUACGGAAAUGCACAAGACUCCUGCUGAAACUCUCUAGGUACCUAAACUCACUUGGCUCUUAAAAAAAAAAACCCCAACUUUUUUUUGGCAGUAAGAAGUCUCUAGGCAAGUAUCUUUCUGCCUCUGGGUAUGUACAUGGCUGUGUCCAUGUGGUGUCAGUUGCCUCCUCUUGUGAAAUCAGUUGCAAUAAUAUUUACUGUCUUCAAAAAGAUUUUAAAUCUCAAAAUUCUUUCUCCUUCCCCUUCCCCAAAAUGAAACAUGCUCAGACUAAAAACAAGUGUUUCAACUCUCACUAUUAACUUUUACAGGAUGAUUUAAUUCAAUGUGCAGAGUUAAAGUCUGGGUAAAGACUUCAUUCCUCCACACUGCAAAAAUACUUGUAUGUCAGUGACGUUUAUAGCAGUUUAAGGAGGCAAGACUUUUUGCUUCUCAAGAUGAGAAAACAAGAGGCCAUAGUGAGUCUCUAUCAUGAAAACGCACUUACAAAUGUAGAUUAUUAAGUAACUGCACUCAAAUAUAAAACAAUGUAAAACAUUAGAGCCUA